CAAGAAGUUCGUCAUCCCCGACUUCCAGUCCUUCACCUCCCAUAUUGACCAGCUUUAUGAGAAAGCCAAAAACCUCUCUGAAGGGCAGGUAGCAGAUUACAUUCCUCAGCUCGCCAAGUUCAGCCCGGACCUAUGGGCCGUCUCGCUCUGCACCGUCGAUGGACAGAGUCCUGCGUGAAGCCUCUGAAGUACGCAGUGGCGGUUCAUGACCACGGAACCGAGUAUGUCCACAGCUUCAUCGGCAAGGAGCCCAGCGGCCUGCGCUUCAACAAACUGUUCCUGAACGAAGACGAUAAGCCUCACAACCCCAUGGUGAACGCCGGAGCCAUCGUUUGCACGUCGCUCAUUCAGCAAACUGCCAGCAACGCAGAGAAAUUUGACUAUGUCAUGAACUUUCUGAAACAGAUGGCAGGAAACGAGUACGUCGGGUUCAGCAACGCUACAUUCCAGUCGGAGCGCGAGUCUGGAGACAGAAACUUCGCCAUCGGAUAUUACCUGAAGGAGAAGAAGUGUUUCCCUGAAGGAACCGACAUGACGUCUGUGCUGGACCUUUACUUCCAGCUGUGCGCCAUCGAGGUGACCUGUGAGAGCGCCAGCGUCAUGGCCGCCACGCUGGCCAACGGCGGCAUCUGUCCCAUCACGGGCGAGCGCGUCCUGAGCCCGGAGGCGGUGAGGAACACGCUGAGCCUGAUGCACUCCUGCGGGAUGUACGACUUCUCGGGACAGUUCGCCUUCCAUGUCGGACUGCCGUCCAAGUCCGGGGUGGCCGGAGGAAUCCUGCUGGUCGUUCCCAACGUGAUGGGAAUCAUGUGCUGGUCGCCGCCGCUGGACAAACUGGGAAACUCGGUCCGAAUUCAGUUCUGCACGGAUCUGGUCGAACUUUUCAACUUCCACAACUAUGACAACCUGAGGCACUUUGCCAAGAAGCACGACCCCGCGCCGAGAGGGAGGCGACCAGAGGGUAAGUCUGUCAUCAACCUGCUGUUCGCUGCCUACACAGGAGACGUUUCCGCCCUGAGGAGGUUCGCCCUGUCCUCCAUGGACAUGGAGCAGAGGGACUAUGACUCCAGGACGGCCCUCCAUGUGGCCGCAGCUGAAGGACACCUGGACGUGGUCCGCUUCCUGCUGGACGCCUGCAGGGUCAACCCGGUCCCGAAGGACAGGUGGGGCAACACGCCGCUGGACGAAGCCGUGCAGUUCGGCCAUCACGACGUGGUCGCCGCCCUGCAGGAGUACCAGGAGAACUACAAUCCGACCGACGGUUCUGACAAGACCAGCAACGAGAAGAACCUGGACAGCCUCCUGUAGAACCUCCGGAGGAAACCCGCUUCAGUGGCUUUGCUUUGUGUUUCCGCCUGUAUCCUGGUGUAACGUGUGUGAGCUUCAUGCAGCGUCUGUGAUCCGGUGUUUACAGUAUAUUUACUCAUAUUUAUAUAAAAAUGAAGAUAUCGAGUCAGGGAUGGGAACCAGAAACCUACGACAGCAUCAGGGCCAGAUGGAAAACAAAAGAUGAGAACCUUCCAGCCUAAAAAAAAAUAAAUGAGCUUUUCUCAGUUUGAAAAGUAAAAAUUGUUGGAAAAGAAUCUCAGAAAAUUUUCAUCUCAAAUUCUAUAGAACAGAAAGAUUUCUGAGUUUAAAGUCUGAAAAUUCCUAGAAAAAAAAUCUGGAAUUUUUCAGAUGAAUCAGAAAUUUUCUAGAAAAAUAAAAUAAAAACAUUGCUUGAUAAAAUCUCAGAAAUGCAGAAAAACAAAGAAAUCUUCAGAAGUCUAACUUUUUCAGUUUGAAACUCGGAAAAUUUCCAAGUCAAACAUUUUCAGAAAUUUUUUUCUCUAAAAUUGUUUGACAUCUGAAACUGAGAUGUAAAAAAAAAAAAAGUUUCUGAUAAAUCUGAACUUUUUUGGUGGUCAUUUCUCCUUUUGUCUACCUAUCAUGGCCCUAUUGCGUUGCCAUAUAAACCAGGUCCCACUUAUGUGAGUUUGUGUGAAAUCUUGGUGUAAAUCGUUUCAGGUAUCUGCUCUCUGAUUGGCUGACGGCCGCAGACGUCAGAUGAUUGUAUCCUGAAUGUAUUUUAUGACGACGGUGUCGUCGAAGCACAGAGACUUUGAGAUUCAUGUUUGUGUAAUUUAUUCAAUUUACAAUAAAGUUUUCCUUUUGGUUGCAUUCUGACUCCAGACCAAAGGUGGCGCUAAUUUUUGUUUUGUUUAGUGAUUUUUGAUGUGAUUGUUUAGGAACAAUCAUACCAAUACUAGCAUAGCAUGUUUCCAUCCCUUUGCUGCCGAGUGUCACUAAAAAGCUUCAAACCUAAAAAUUUA